UUCUUGUGUAAUUUGUGUGUAUUUUCUUUUAUCAAAGCAGGGGAAAAGAUUACGACAAAGUUUUUUUUUUUUGAUACACCACAUGACAUGAAAUUAAGCCUUCAACAAUUAGGGUCUAUCUCCAUGCGUAUUGCAUGAUAAAUAAAAUCAUGAGCUAAAAGUUUUACAUAAUCAAAGAAUUAUUUUCAUCUUUGUUUACGGGCCAUGGCUUGUUCCCAACUUGGUGUCUUGGCUAAAUUUUAAUUUCUAGGGCUACCACCUUACUUUCACAAUUCCGAUAGCCCUUUAUUGUGCUGCUAGAAUAAAUGCGAUAGCCUCCUUCAGUUGCCUGAUGCUAAGAUGUUACUCGUUGUUGAAUGCUUAAUUAUAGAACACAGAAUGACAAUAUCAACAGGGCGAACAACAAGGGUGAUUGGGUGGUACCAUUCACAUCCUCAUAUUACAGUUUUGCCUUCGCAUAUGUGCGGACUCAGGCAAUGUAUCAACUUCUAGAUCCUGGAUUUAUUGGGCUAAUUUUUUCCUGUUUUAGUGAAGAUGUAAACAAGGUUGGACGAAUCCAAAUCAUUGCUUUCCAGUCCUCAGAUGGGAAGCAGAAAAACAUAAUAAGACCCAUUUCUGUGUCGCCUGCAAGUAGAAGUUUCAUAGAUGUUGAAUCAUCUUUAAGUUCCUCAGAAAAUACAUCAGUGAAAUCUGGAUCUAGAAGGGUUGACAGCUCUGAACAAGACACUGGUGAUUCAAGAACUGCUUCAGGAUCAAGCAAGCAUGGGGCAAGAUCUUUGGAUUUGGGAGAUUUCUUUGCAAAUGCUGAUUCCAACUAUAUAGGGGGAGAGGGAAUUGGAGGAAAUUACAAUACUGGCAAUUCAGACAGCACAAUGGUUGAUGUGGACCCCAUGGAUAUGUCAGAAAGUAUGCAAGAAGCUAUGCACCGCUCAACUUUGGAAAUGAGUGGUGCAGAGUACAUCCGAAAAGAAAUCCCUCUUCAUGUUUUACCAACCUGGGAUCUGCUUAAGCUUGAUUCACCUUUAACAUCGUUUACGGAUUUGCAACGUGUACUAUAUGAAGAGGAGCGGGGAGCAUAUAACCAAGCUGUCUUGCAAAAUAUAAGAGAUGGAAAAGUACAUCCGCUUACCUUCAUACAUCACAUGUCUACAUAUCAAGCUUCCAUGUGCAAAUUGAUUGAGUAUUGUUUAAGUCCCGCCAUAAACGCACUCCAAGACCGCUUACGAGAGAAUGAGAUACGGUUGUCAAUGUUGACCGAUGAAGCCAAGUUGUUGGAAAGUGAAACAUUCAGAGGGAAUGAGUCAGCUUCUAGAUCGCCCCGUAAUGUUCCAUCUCUUAGUGUGAGGAAUACAGCUAGUUUCGGCAGCCGAACCAGAACAGGAUCUUGAUAGACUCCACUUUAAGCUGUGUUGCUUUUUGUAUAUCUGUUCCCAGAGUCGGCGGAAGAAGAAACUUAUACGCCUCGUUUUGCUCUUGGUAUCCUAGGUAAGCUUAGAUGAGCCUUCUUUUUUGUGUUUAUGGGAAUCAUCUAAGAAUUAUUCUUAGGAGUAGCUAUAGAUCUGCUAUGGGCUCAAGUAUGUAGGAUGUAUAUAUUUCUUCUCGGCUUCUUUUAAUCCUGUUUCCUGGUUUUUUUAUUCCUGUUUAUGAAAUUGGGACUGUUUCCCUUAGUCGAUUUGUAACAUUUUUGAUAGGGACCAUCCUUUUGCUUGUAGAUUUGUAGUAUAUUCGCUCCCUUUCUUGUAGCCUAUCGUGUUGUUUAAUCAAA